GAGCAGGAAGUAGCUGUCAGCGCCUUCGCUGCGGGUUGGAAAGUGACCGUAAAAUAAUGCAUUUGCUCGUCUGAAAAGCGAGUCUGGAUUUGUUUCUUUUUAAAUAUUUUUUAUUAUUAUUUUUAAUCGGGAGGAUUUCCAUAGCGUGAAUAUGGGUUUUUGUGGAGCAUGCGCUCUCCUGGCGCUGUUAUUUGUGUCAUCUGUGGACUCAUCAGAGCCCUUUCAAACCACGGUGAAGCCAAAUAAAGGGUCAGAGGUCACCGUUUCCAGCCAGCUGCCUGAUUGCACCGUCUGCACCGUCAGUGGCGUUAAUGACGCCCAGAGUUUCUGCCAACCGUCUCUUAAACUAGAGCCUGAAAAGGAGGUGAAGCUGCUGUUUAAAUGCCCCCAACCCAUCGAACAGUCGUACAAUGUGACAAUCAGCAGCUUAAUUGAAUGCACAAAAGAUGCUUGCAGUCCAGCGACGGUAGAAGUCCAGUCGUCCCUCCUGUCGAAGUUCUCCAGAACCUUCACCUGGAAGCUAAAGGCGCCUGAAAAGACCCUCGUGAGUCUGAAGGUCCUCAGGACUGGACUGACCAAGGCUCCACACCCUUGCAGUGAUGGACGGCAGUAUUCAGCGGUCACAUCUGAAACCAGCAAAGAGGUUCUGACUCGGUACUGUGAGGGUGGCAGCGAGACCCAACUGGACCUGUCCGAUCAGGGCGUGGUGACCCUGGAGGCCAAACCAAACACACAGGUGGAGUCGGUCCUGUUUCAAGCCUUGGCUGCACCAAUGAAGCGAGUAAUGACCGUCACUAUUGGUCCUGCUUCCACUGUGGUUCUGACCCGGGAUCCUGGGAAGGAAGAGUGUGACGUGUGCGUCACCAGCGGCGGCAGUCCAGACUGCCACGCCACAGAAAAGACUCUAAAAGGUGCAGAAAAACUCCCUCUGGAGUUCAGGUGCCUGAAACCCGAAGACGUGUUCACCGUGAAGAUGAUAACAAACAUAGGAUGCACUCAGACGUCCUGCUCUCCGGCUUCGGCCGAAAUGGAUCCGGAUCUCUUCAAGGGCUUCAGAAGAACCCUGACGUGGGACGUUGCUGUUCCAGACAGAACUGUUUUAACUUUAGAGUUUCCUGGACUGAAGGAAAAAUCUGCAUCAGAGAACUGUGAGGGCGGCAUUCAGUACACGGUCAGUACCAUGAGGAUCGACGGACAGAUGAGAACCAGCAGUUACUGCAAAGACGGGACGGCGUCUCAGCUGGAGCUGUUUGGAAAGACGACUGUGACGGUGGACGUUCCCAAAGAAGGAGAACUGGACCGGACCGUGUUCAGUUCAACGGCAGUGCCGAGCCGUGGAAGAUCCAUGUAUGUGACCUCUGACCCCAACACAAACCUCAUCAUCACGAAGGUGGACAAAGAGGCAGACUGUCAGAUCUGCGUGACGGAGGCGUCCAAACAGACUUGCAAACCUCAAAUGUACAGACUGAAAAAUCUUCGCAACGCUUCGGUGGAUUUUACGUGUCCUCAGCCGCAGAAAGUCUUCACGGUGGAAAUAAACAAAGAUAUUGGGAUGACAGAGAUGGCAAGAGAUGGCAACACGUUGCGAGGGAAAGCUAACGUUUUGCGAGACUGCACACAGACUUCCUGCUCAGGCAAACCCGUCCAGGCCGACAACGGGUUUUUUCCCAACUACAACCGGACCUUCACCUGGGACAUAAAGGUUGGCACCACUCAGACUUUCCACCUGGACUUUCCAGGACCUGGAUUGCAACAGAUUCCCAACGGUGGGACGUGUCCAGAUGGCCACACCUACUCCGUCAUCCUCUACCUCCACCGCGCUGCCCCAGCAACCAUCGGCACUUUCUGCAAAGGCGGCCCGGUGACCUCAGUACUGGGUCAGUACAAGGGCCGUGUGAUGCUGACGGUGCCAUCGGACGUGAACCUGGACCCUCCGGACUUCCAACUUAAAGUUGGACCUUACUCAGAAGUGACGGCCAUAGUGAGAGUCAAGCUGCCCCGCGGCGUGUCAGACACCGAGUUCAUCACGCCCAACUAUCCCAAAGAUUUCCCAGAUGACGAGCAGAUCCUGUGGGACUUCAGCGUUCCCGAAAUGCACAACUACUCAGUUCAGUUCAGCGAGCACUCGGCCCCAGAGUGUCUGGAAGAAGGCGCCGCGGUGGAGGUGGAGUACCAGAAAGAGGGCAAGAACCCGACCAGAACGUCCCUGACGGGUCCGCAGCCUCAGCACCAGCAGGGCGGGUUUAAUUUGACGGUGAAGAACUGCAAAACAAACCUAACGCUGCCGGGACUCAGCCUGCGCUACAGCGUCUCUGUGAUGAGGAGCGGCCAUCCAGUUCUCUGUACGCUGGAUUUAACCAAACAGGAAGUGUCUGUGCAGAUUGAGAAGGUGGGCUCUGACCCUCUCUGUGAGAUAAGAAAGGACUCUAAAGAGGAAAAGACGAUAAAGGUGGCAAAAGGAGAAACGGCCAAACUCUCCUUCCUCGACUGUCCGAACGAGGACCUUCGUCUGACUGCAACCGAACUUAUUGCCUGUCCAAAUGCAUCGCUGUGCGCUCCGACCCUCCUCUUUGUUCCCACGUUGGAUCCCUGCCUGCCGAUGCCCCUCCACAGCUUUUCGUGGUUCUUCACCAUCCCACAUGAAGCCACCCUGGACCUGGUGUCUCCCACCGGGAGCCUCCGGCAGUCCCUGCCCGGGCAGGAGUGCGAUCCGUCGUCUGUGGUGGGCGUCGGCGAGAAGGACGGCUCUUUUAUCGGAAACUUCUGCUCCAAUGGCGAGAUCCAGAAACUCCAAAUUCACUCCAACAUCUCCAUCACAGCUACGCCGCAAGACGUCAAGAGGUCUAAGGAGCCUCUGCUCGAUGUCAGCGUCAGUCCGGAGAUCAAAGAAACCAUCAUCUACAGGAUCAGCCCUAAUUUGACUUCUCCCACCAUACUGGUCACCCCAAACUGGCCUACUGGAAUGAAGCCCCAUUCCUCUGUCUCCUGGAUCGUGGACCUUCCCUGGAUGCACCAUGCGCACAUCAAGUUUGCCAUCAGUGGACUCGAAUGCGAAAACAGCCACACCAGGAUCAAUGUGAAGCACCAGGAAGGAGGGAGCGAUCUCCUGGACAUCAACGAGAGCGAAAAGAUGAGGACAGAAAACACGACGGCCCGUCAGAGCUUCUACCUGAACGUGACCAACUGCCAGCCAGAGGGGCGCGACCAGUUUAAUGUCAAAGCCACGAUUGUUCUUGAGAGAAAGACCAAUCUGUUACCCAUCCUUCUUGGUUUAGUCGGGGCUGUUCUGCUUCUGCUCCUGAUACUGGUUGUUGUAUGUGUAGUUCUAAGGAAAAAGAAAUCAAAAAUGAACAGUCAAUCCUCCAUCUACAUGGGGAAGGGAAACAUCUUCCGUCCAAAUGAUGGGCACUUCGUCAAAACCCGGGCCGACAACGACUCCCACGUCUACGACUACAUAGACGACUCCAUGGUCUACGGCCACCUCCUCACCGACAACGAGAGUAUCCCAAACGGGAUGCAGGUGGACUCCUACCAGACCUUCACGGGUCCCACUGACAAUACACUGCCGGUUAUCAAGGAACCCGACCCAGAGCCGAAGGGGCAGUACCAGUCCUUCCUGAGCCCCUCUGACACUUUCCUGCCGCCCCGUCCGCGCACUCCCAUCGGGCGGCAGGACAGCCUGGGCUUCCAGGACCGCCGGAUGAUGGAUAACGAACUCUACACGUUCAAAAGCACGGGAGACAUGAACACAAUCCGUCUGUCCGGUGCCGAUAUGGAGCCGCAGCUGCCAAUAAUGGACGAGAGCUUGUAGCGUGAAAGGACUCCAUGUUAAUGACCUUUGACCUAUCUGAAGGGCUCUAAGGAUUGAAGAGCCUUGUUUCUGCGGGAAUAGUUUUGGGAAUCGGACCCGCUCUUUCUAGGAGUUGAGCUUAAGAGUGUUAAAGCUCCGGACUUGGAAGCUAAAAACUAAAAUCUGUGACUUCUUGGACUGGUUUUUAUGCUUAUUUUGAAGAGAAACAACAAAAAUAAUUUCAGAAACUUUGUAAAAUAUUUUUCUACACUUAUUUCAGUUUUGCCUUUGACUACUUCUUUUUUUUUUUUAAAAGUGUGAAUUUUAAAAAAUAAGGGAGACAAACUAAUGUACCACUACUGAUCUACAGGGAGAAAAUGUGACAAAUCUAAAAUUAAAAUUAAAAUUACAGAAUUCUUAGGAAGAAUUUCUGUUUAUGUAUUUUGCAGGUACAUCUCCCUGUACUUUUUGUUGUCCCUUUUGAGGCACAAUUUCUAAUUUUAAUAAAACCACCUCUUUUUUUAUUUUUUUAAGUCUGUUUUUCAUUUCAGAUUAUGAAAACCACUCAAUUUAAUGUUUUCUUUUUUUUUUUCUUGUAAAAUUAGGGAUUUUUGAGCUUUAGUGCCAAUAAAUUUAUCAAAUACUGAAACGCC